GUCGGACGACUCGUUCGACGAGGAGAUCCUAAGAUGCAUCGGCCAGAUGAUCAUGGUGGUAUUCGACGGAUUGGCCGUCACUCCGGACAUUCAGACGAUGAUAGAAAAGUACUAUGUCGGGAACAUUCUUUUGACGGCAAGGAACAUCCGAGAUAGUGUUCAGGUUGCGACCCUCACACAGGAAUUGCAGAAGAUUGCGCAGGCGGCUGGUUUUACAUACCCGCUCAUGAUUGGCAUUGAACAGGAGAACGGCAUGAUUAGUCGGCUAGGUGACGGCAUCCGAGCAACCCACUUCCCGGGGCCAAUGGCCUUGGGCGCAACGAGGUCACCCAACCAGGCCUUCGACGUCGCCAAAGCCACGGCCACCGAGCUCGCCGCCGUAGGAAUAAAUUGGAACUUUGCGCCCGUGCUGGAUGUGAUUAGCGAGCAGGGCAACACGACGGUCGGCGUCAGGGCCUUUGGCGACGAUCCGCAGACGGUUGGCCGCUUCGGUGUCGCCUUCGCCGAGGGCCUCAGGGCAGGCGGAGUGGGUCACUGCGCUAAACACUUUCCCGGAAUCGCAUGUACGAGGGACGGCCGGCGCGAUUCAGUUUUCCGCGCAAAAUCCAGCGAAGACAUCGAAGCGACCGAGAUGGUUCCGUUCCGAAGGGCUGUUGCGGCCGGAUUGGAUAGUGUCAUGCUGAGUUCGUCCAUAUGGCCGGGAAGCAGUCCGGACGACAGCGAAGGCGGCGAUGCGUCGAGGGCCAAGCACAUCAUCGGGGAAGUGUUGCGACGGCAGAUUGGGUACGACGGUGUCACCGUGUGCGAUGUAACGGACAUGCCGCUCUUCGGCAAAGAUCCGCAGCACAUCGGCGAAGCGGUGGUAACGGCCAUCAACGCGGGGUGCGAUUUGAUCCUGAUCUACCACAACCAGUCCGUGCAGGUACAGGGCCUGCAGGCGAUAUACGAUGCCCUGCAGCGGAGGUACAUGGACAGGGAGGUGAUAUACCGAGCGUCGUCGUUGGUUCUGCGGCUCAAGGAUCACUACUUCAGCUGGCGGACGGCGCUGGCGGCUCCGGACCCCCAGCGACUGCAAACCCUGAUGCAGCUGCACCAGUCGAUAGCGCGGAAAGCGUAUGAGAACUCCAUCACGGUGGUCAGGGACGAGCGCACUCUGAUCCCUCUCUCAUCCAAGAUCACUCCCUCGGACGAAGUACUCCUCCUGACCCCGGUCGUGAGACCGCUACACCAACGUGUGGCGGGAGAGCCGACCAUCGAUCCGUUCGAGUGCUUCGGAAGAGCACUUGCGCAGCGGCACCCUCGGAUAAUACACGCGCCAUACACGGCUCACGGAAUCACUCAGACGCACGUCUCGUUGAUCAAGCGGUGUGCGGCUAUCAUCUUUGUCACGGCGAACGCGACGAGGCCGAAUUCGAAAUCCCAGGUGCAAACCGCGAGUGCGGUCCACAGGCUCUGCUACAGCAAGCCCAUGAUCAAUCUCGCGGCGUGCGACCCGUACGACUUGCUGGAUGAUCGGAAGUACGGGACGUACAUAUGCACCUACGAGUACUCAUCAACAGCUCUCGAAACGGCAGCGGCGGUGAUAUUCGGCGAACGACACGCAGCGGGGGUGCUCCCGGUCCAGGUUCCAGGCGCGCCGGCGCUCCGGCAACAACGGCACGUUCAUCUGCUGCAAUGGUUCGUGGAGGUCUGGGAGAAGCGAAGGGACCUGUAUGCAUCAGCGGAUCUCUGGCAAGAUUGUUUGGGACGCAAGUGGCCGCUCGACGCGGGUACGCUGAGUGCGCUACUCGAUCGGCCCGGAUACUCGAAGCAUUUUGUAGUGCGCCACACGACAUCGCUGGAGUUGUUGGGAUUGUGCGCCACGUACUUUAUCAUGUUAGGGAAUAAUAAAGUGAUUGGGAGCCUGGCGCUGCUGCUCGUCAGGCCUACGCAUCGCGAUCUAGGAAUCGGGCUCAGCCUCCACGACGUAGCCGUCCGGCACCUUCGCUCGACGCCAGGAAUAACGUCCAUGCAGCUGGGCAGCAUCUUCCCGCGCCUAUUCCCGGGGCUCCCCGUGUCCCUUCCAGACGACGACACCCGCUGGUUCGCGCACCGGGGGUGGAAGCUGAGCGACUCACACUUCGUGUACGACCUGUUCAUGCCGAUCACGGAGUUCGUCGUGCGCGACAACCUCUCGGCCGAGCUGGCGGAUAUGGGCGUCGUCAUUGAUAACUGCACCCCCGGGAAUAUGUUUGAGAGGUUGUUGAGGUUUGAGGAACAAUACUUUGGAGCGUAUCCCGGCUGGGUAGAGAAGUUUCAUGCCCUAAAGGAGACCGAGGAUAUUGCCGACGCUAUUGUCGCGUUUGCACCGGGGAAGAGGGGGGGGGAGGGAGAGAUCCUCGGCGCGGUACUCAUCUUCUCACCCGUGGGCAAUAAUCAGAUCUCGAGGGACAUUCCGUGGCCGAAGGUCAUUGGCGAGCGGAUCGGUGGGCUCGGGUUCGUCGGCGUGAAACCCGAAUACCGCGGCCUAGGCGUCCGCAAAGGCCUGAUAGUGGCGGCAAUACUGGAGCUGAAGCAGCGGGGGCUGCGCGGCUGCUUCAUCGACUGGGCCGACGAUAUAGAUACCUACACGAAACUGGGGUUUAGGGAGUGGGGGAAGUAUCGCGAGGUUUGGAGGAAGAUAUGAUUUUUUUUCUUUGAUUUUUGUGGGGGGGAGCGGGCGGUAGUGGAAGGGUGUGUUGGCGGGGCGUUGUUUGAUGUUUCGUUUAGGGAUGCGGUGGGUGCGAUGGG